CUGCUGAGCAGUGCUGCACACGGUGCCCACCAGCCUGCAACAGGAUGCCUGACACCACGCUGCCCGCCUGCUUCCUCGGCCUGCUGGCCUUCUCCUCCGCUUGCUACUUCCAGAACUGUCCGAGAGGCGGCAAGAGGGCCGUGUACGACAUGGAGCUGAGACAGUGCCUCCCCUGCGGCCCCGGGGGCAAAGGGCGCUGCUUCGGGCCCAGCAUCUGCUGCGCGGACGAGCUGGGCUGCUUCGUGGGCACGGCCGAGGCGCUGCGCUGCCAGGAGGAGAACUACCUGCCGUCGCCCUGCCAGUCCGGCCAGAGGGCGUGCGGGAGCGGGGGCCGCUGCGCCGCCGCCGGCCUCGGGGACCCAUCCAAGUCCUGGGAUUCCCAGUCCGAUGGCUAUUUCGUUCGAGGCUGUGGCUUGUGCGUGCGCGUGUGCGCGCGCGUAUCUUGGAGCCACAAGAGGCUGCACCUCCUUCAGAUUCUUCUGCGGACUGAGACCAGGAAGGAGUGCAGGCGGGAAGAAGUUCCUGUGAGCCCUGAUGACCCUCACACCCAGACUUGA